AUGAUCCUCAACGAGCUCCUCUUCGGGCUGCUCUGCGUCGAGGCCGUCGUCUGCCUCUUCCUCUGCCUCCCCUUCUUCAAGCACAUGACGCAGGCCACCGUGGCCUUUCUCUCGACCAACGUCUUCCCGCCCAACUCGGGCGCGGCCAUGGUCGGGAACAUUGUCUUGGCCGUCGUUGGGCUUCUCUUCCUCGCCAACGUGCAGACGUCACUCAAGUACCGCAACUCGGACGAGGUGCUCUCGGAUGGGCUGCGUAUCCGCCUCCUCGUGGCCCAGCGCGACAUGUACAUUUCGGGCUUUUGCCUCUUCCUCUUUGCGCUCCUUCGCCUUGUGUAUUCGAGCAUGUAUGAGGCCAUGGAGAAGCAGGCGAAGAACGCAUCGUCGGGCUACUCGAAGCUCAUUGACGAACACGAUACGCUCCAGAAGCAGCUGAAGAAGCUCUCGGGCUUUGAAGCCGACGGUAAGGGCCUCGAGGCGCUCCUGGCCGAGAACGCGGCGCUCGAGAAAGAGGUUAGUACCCUCAAGAAGAGCCUCGCGACGGCCGAAACCACUGUCGAGAACGUCAAGAAGCAGGCGGAGAACCAGAGCACAGCAUACAUGAAGCUACUCGACGACUCGGCGGCCAAAGACGCCAAGGUUGACGAGCUUAAGGCUGCGCAAACCUCGAUCGCCGAUCUCAAGUCGACGGUUGCCGAGCUCACAAAGGAGCGCGACUCGCUCAAGACGCAGAUCCAAGACUAUGACUUUAUGUUUGCGGACGCCAAGAAGAAGGCCUUGUAA